UCAGUACAGGGGCAGAGAGCAGAGAGAGAAGGUGUGAGGGAGACCGAGAGACAGGAUUACAGCCUGCCCCAGUUUUUGGCUUGCGAGGUCACAGCUGUUAUCUCCCUGCUGGUUACUGGGGGAGAGGGGGACAUAUAGGGAGCAAAGAAGGGAAGGAGAAUUCUAUCAGCAGGAGAAACCAGCUAAAAGGAGAAAGGGCUGGGUAGAUGCCAACAAAACAGAAGCUGCAGCCGUAGCUUGUCAUUUUCAGCUUGUUGUGGUGCACGGAGCUCCUCAUCUGCAGGUAAUCCCACAGAGGAGUAGCCAUGGCACUUGUACCCUUUGCUCAGCUGUGUCUCUGCACACUCUCUCUCCUCCUGUCUCCGGCUCUCACACAGAGCGAUGCUGGUCUCCUGGUCACUACUCGUUCCGGGAAGGUGCGUGGCUUUAGGCUUCCAGUCCUUUCUAGCCAAGUAAGCGCCUUCCUGGGCAUUCCCUUUGCUGAACCACCAUUGGACAAAAUGCGCUUCCGACGUUCAGAACCCAAGAAACCAUGGACAGAUGUUUGGGAUGCAACCGCCUAUCCAAAUGCCUGCUAUCAAUAUUUUGACACUUUGUACCCUGGUUUUCCUGGCAUGGAAAUGUGGAAUCCUAACCGGCCAAUGAGUGAAGAUUGCCUGUAUCUUAACAUCUGGGUCCCGCACCCACGUCCCUCCAAUGCUACCGUUAUGGUAUGGAUAUAUGGUGGAGGUUUCUCCACUGGGUCUUCUUCUCUUGAUGUUUAUGAUGGACGCUACCUGUGCCAUGCUGAAAAUGUCAUUGUUGUCUCCAUGAAUUACCGUGUUGGAGCUUUUGGUUUUCUGACCCUGGCACCUGGUAGCUCAGAUGCUCCUGGCAAUGUUGGCUUGUUUGACCAACGUCUUGCUCUCCAGUGGGUUCAGGACAAUAUAGCUUUCUUUGGUGGAGAUCCCAGGACUGUCACAAUUUUUGGGGAAAGUGCUGGCGCUGUCUCUGUGGGUAUGCACGUCCUUUCCCCUGGAAGCCACCAUCUCUUCUCCAAAGCUGCAUUGCAGAGUGGCUCACCGAACACACCCUGGGCUACAGUCACCCCACAGGAGGCUAGACGCCGAACAGAGCUGCUGGGAAAAUUUUUGGACUGCAGAAUUGGAAAUGAUACAGAGUUACUGAACUGUCUAAGAGUCAAGCAACCCCAGGAAUUAAUUGAUCAUGAAUUCUCUGUACUACCAGCACCCAGUGUCUUUCGUUUUACCUUUGUACCAGUGCCAGAUGGAGACUUUUUUCCAGAGCCUCCUGAGGUCUUGAUGAAUAUGGGCAGAUUUAAGCCAUGCCCCUUGCUGAUGGGAAUCAACCAAAAUGAAGGAUCAUACUUCCUACUGUAUGGGGCCCCUGGCUUUAGCAAGAACAACGAGAGUCUCAUCACUCGAGAAGAGUUCCUCAGUGGAGUCAAGAUGAGUGUUCCACAUGCCAACGAUAUUGCCCUGGAGGCAGUAGUGAUGCAGUACACGGACUGGGCAGAUGAACAUGCAGGAAUCAAGAACAGGGAGGCCAUGGAUCAGCUGGUGGGAGACCAUAAUGUCAUUUGCCCCCUUACUUACUUUGCCGGAAAGGUCUCAGAGACUGGAAACCGGGUGUAUACGUAUGUUUUUGACCACCGGGCAUCCAACCUGGCUUGGCCACAGUGGAUGGGGGUCCCACAUGGAUACGAAAUUGAAUUUGUCUUCGGUCUUCCCCUAGAUGCAAAUCUGAACUAUACCCCCCAGGAAGAGGCUCUGAGUCGCAGAAUGAUGAGAUUCUGGGCUAACUUUGCACGGACUGGUGACCCCAACGACGGUAACGAUGCCCGUCAACAGCGCUGGCCCUUGUACACUGCAUCUGAGCAGAGAUAUAUAGCCAUUAACAACAGGCGACAACAGGAUCUGCAGGGCAUCCGAGUCCAAACCUGCAUGUUCUGGAAUCGUUUCUUGCCUAAACUACUCAACAUUACAGACAAUAUUGAUGAGGCAGAGCGGCAGUGGAAAGAGGAGUUCCAUCGCUGGAGUACCUAUAUGAUGAGAUGGAAGAACCAGUUUGACCAUUACAGUAAGCAGGAGAGCUGCAGCGAGCUGUGACAUCACUGUGACAUCACCCAACUACCUGCUGUAAAAGCCAUGGGACUGUAGCGAGACGUGCACUGACAACAACAUCCUCGUGAGAUCACUGGGCAAUGUCUUCGCUUUCAGGAAAGCAGAGACUCUGUAGCAGCUUAUGAUAUCAUUAUGACACCAUAAUGAUGUCACAGCAGAGAUAUAUUUCAGUACCGCCGUUAUCACAGUGAAAUACAAUUACACACACUAUCAUGUGACUAACACUAAAACCCUGUACUGUACAAAUCCUCCACAACGGGUGUUUUAUGUCAUUCGUUGUUGUCCCUCGCAUGUCCACUUGUAUAUAGUGUUUGUUGAUAAGAUUUAAAUAUAUAUAUGCAUAUUUAUAAUAUAUAGAGAAACCGAGGGAAUCCUACAUGUAGUUUAUUUAUUUGUGAUGCCAUAAAUGUCUGACCUCAAAGGAAACCUUUUGACUAGAUGCCAAAUAUAUUCUAAAUGUGCAAUAUGAUGUGAGCCAUCCUGUGGACACCAUGAAUUUUAUAUUCACCCUACUGUACUGUAUAUUGUUUAUAGAGCUUUAAUCCAUCCUAUGACAUUGUGCGUUUUGCUUACACUACUAAACAACUCUUAUGAUGUGUA